CAAUUAGCAGAGGAAAGACAUUCAGUGUUUUGUACACCAAGUGUAAAGAACAAUUUAAGUGUUUAAACUUAAACAAAAAAAUCAAUUUAAAUUUAUAACAAUGGCCUACAAGUUUGUGAUUGCCCUCGCUUUAUUCGCUGUCGCCAAUGCUGCUGUUGUAGUACCAGCUGCUCCCGUUUUGGCCAAGACUGUCGAACUUGAAGAAUACGAUCCUCAUCCUCAAUACCAAUACGGUUACAAUGUACAAGACAAUCUUUCUGGUGACUCCAAGGGUCAUGUGGAGGAACGCGAUGGCGAUGUUGUUCGCGGUGAAUACACCUUAAUCGAUGCUGAUGGUCUUAAACGUACUGUUACCUACACUGCCGAUCCCAUCAAUGGUUUCAACGCUGUUGUCCGCCGUGAACCCCUCGUAGUCGCUGCUCCCGUUGUCAAGGCUGCCCCCGUCGUUGCCGCUGCUCCCGUUGUUAAGGCUGCUCCCGUCGUUGCUGCCCCCGUUGUCAGAACUGCUCCCUUCGUUGCCGCUGCUCCUGCCUACACUGUUAGACACCUUUAAAUCGGGCAAUUGUUUAUUUGUAGAUAUCUUUGUUGACUAGUUUUUGUUUUAAACAUAAUAAAUGUGAUAAAAAAUUGAAUCAUAA